AUGGAUGUGACGCAGAGCAUCAUCUUCUUCCGAGCUGGGCAACCUUUCUUUGCCACCAUUGUGUUCUUCGGAGUCGGCAUGCAGAUCAGCAUGCUGUGGAUUGACUCCUUGCGCCGAGGAAGCUGGGAUAUGGAGCUGCUCGUGGCAGCAUUGUUGCAGUCGGACUCCAUCCAAGCAAGUCGUGCAGCAUGGUGCGAGGGCAUGCUUGUCACAGAGCUGUACCGAAAAGGUUACCGUGAAGCGGCCACUGAAUCCUACCUCAGCUUGUUGGUGGGGAUCUUUGGCCUUGUGACUGUACCCCUCAACAGCUCCUUGGACAUGUGCUUCUUGCUAGUGUCCGUGCUUUUCUCUCUGAAGGCCGUGAUGACUGGUGUGGCAGUUUCUGGCGAAAUGCUUGCAGCGGAGGAAGAAAUUCCGUGUGGACUGGGAGAUCUUGUGCCAUGUUGCUUUUCGCUGAUCCCGCAGAAUGACUACUACAGCCGCAAAGCAUUUGCGACCCAGCGAAGUUUGCGUGUCGUGGUACUUUUCCGUUUGUCGGAAGCAAUAGCUGCAGCGUGCACCUUGGCUGUGUGCAUACGGGCCAGCAGCGUGGUUGCGACGUGGAGAGUUUGCGUUCUUGCUGGACUUUUCAGCUACGCCGUCGUGGUCUUGCUUGUCGUCCGUCGCAGCGGGUGGCUUUCCCUUGCUUGCUUCACGAAGCUUUGGGAAGAGAACGUGGGCAUCUGGGAUCUGGAAGGAGAGUGGUGCCGUCAGUCGACGUUAGGAUCCGGGCAGGACAGUCCAGAGCGGCUCACUUUCCAUGGAGGCAGCGUCAAGCUAGGGCAUAAAGACUCCAGCGGGCCAAGGGGGAUGGCACCCGUCGCUGCACCGGCAAUCCUAGGCGACCGGUACCCACAGCAAGACUACAUGCACCUGCGACGUUACAACCGCGGUGCCAUCCAGCUGGUGGACGAGGGGAUGCAGAACCAGGGCCAGCGCAAAGUCUCCACGCGGUGGGUCUUGGCUUUGGAUGGAGAUCAGCUGCGAGGGCAUACGGUGGUAUGGGUCCGGGAUGGAAAGCCCGAGCGUGGCAUGUUCAUCCUGCGAGCAACGUGCUUUGCUGUUGCAUGUCUCACCGCAGGUCUCUUCGGCUUGACUUUCGCAAUGUUUGCCGUACCUGCGUGGCAGGUCAUGCUGUGGAGUGGUGCAGUCACGAGGCCUGGCCAGAAGCAGGAUGAAAUGAGCGAUGUCUUGUCCAUACCGACCGAUUUCUCAACACAGAUGCUGCAGAAGAGCCUUUGGCUAGGGAUCAUGUGGACGUUACUCUUGCUGUCUCUCUUCGAUGUUGAGACCGUCCCCUUCAACUUUGACAAGCUCUUUGAUGAGAUUCGGAAGGGUCUUGGAGGGCACUUUGGCCGGCAUGGCCUGUCUACGGCGCUUUUCGAGGAAACCGAGUUCGUUGCGGCUCUCGUGGGCCUUGCGACCGUACUGGCUGGCUGCCUGUCCAGCCUUUCCCUACCUGUGUACUCCUACUUCCUUCACGCAUGGCGUUGCCGGUGGAGGCAAGAAGAUGAUCGUCUCCAGUCCGACUUGACGCAUGCCCUGCUUGUCGUUGUCCAUGGGAAUUGGCUAGCAACAGACACGUACAAAGGCGCCAGUUUGACAAUCGAUGCAAGCCAGGCAGCUGACAAAAUCAAGAGGGCCCUCGGCAUUCGCCCUUCCCGGACAGAGGUUGGCAUGUCUCUGCUGGUCAUGGAAGCAUUGAUUGACUCUGCAUUUGGCAAGGAUGAUCGGCUGUUGGUGGAAGAGGUGCAUGUGCCAAGGCUUCAGCUCAUGGACUUGCUCCAGCAUUUUGAGAGAGUGGAGAGAAUGGACAAGACCCAGCCAGCAUGCAUGCCACUCAUCUGGAAAGCAAACGAGAGGAUCCAGUCUUGGCAGAUCUGUGGCGGUGGCCACAUAACGGAUCUUGGAUACGGGGAACCCCUGACGUCCGGCAAGUUCUUGGCACUUGUCCAGGCUUGGCUGAAGUCCAGGGUUCCUGAAGUCAAGCUCGUGUUCAGCAAGCCCGUGGCCGAGAUUCCGGGAGGGAUGUCCUGGACAGAAACACGGCUACGUGACCUAUUCACCCGCGACACACAGAACCGCCGGCUGAGUAGUGUGAUCGAGGACCUGAACAAGGUGAUCGGCCUGCUGACCGAAGGCUGCAACCCCGCGAGACCCGCCGCGCCUCUGCUGAGCUUUCGCCAGCGCUACCAGAAUUUGGUGGCUGCCCUGGACAAGAUGCGGUGCUCCCUUCGCCUCAGCGGGCACACGGAGGAAAGCCUGGAAGUGGAUGUUGGAGGGAGCCCCGAGAGUCCCGAGAGCCCAGCAGAGAGACCAGCAGAGGGCCCAGCAGAGGGCUUAAAUUCCUUUUGGUGCGGCUCUGAGGGAUACCGGAGCUUGGGCCUGGCAAUGGAGAGGGGCGAGCCAGGCGAGCUCCGGGAGCUGCGGAACAGGGAGGGUGAGAUUGUACAUCUUGGCUUCUGGGGUAAGUACUACUGUGGCCAAGCAGAUGCAAAGUCCUUCCAUGGCAGCUGUGGACCAUCGAUCGGUCCUCAAUGUGAGGCAUGCAGGGCGCUGCAAGCAGAUCAAGACAAGGCUUGCAUGCCCAAGUGCUUCUAUGGACACGAUAUGCAGCGUGACAACAGCACUGGCGGCACUUGCGAUGUUUGCAGCAGGGGUCUUCAAUCUGCAGAGGAUUAUGCGAAAUUGGUGUGCAGGGAAUGCGACCUUGUCUAUUGUGCUGAGUGCAUCGAGUCCAGGAGUCAGAAGUCUCAACAGCAUGGGGACAGCCCACUUAGCCCACUUUGUCAAGAGGUUCUUGACUGUAUGGCUCUUCUGCGGAAGGCAGCAAGCUAUGUGGCGUCUCAUCAGCAGGUGAUCCUGCUCGACAUGCCGCUGGCCAACCGCCUUGCGUCACUGGCGACGAGACAGUCUUCCGAUCGGGACGAGUUGCACAAGGGAUCCAUCAGGACCAUUGCCUGUCACUCUUCCAACCUGCUCCUUCAGUCUGCGUCGGUCGAGCGCUUGAUUGAAGAUGCCAGCCCAGACCAGCGACUUGAGUUCUUUGAGUACUGCCUUGAGCAAAUUUCCUCCGGGGUCACUUGCAAUCCGAGUGCCGAUGAGAGGCGAUGCAUAGCAUUUCUCAAGACCUUUUGGAAGCACAGGGACAAGGUGGAAGAAGCCCUUGCAGAUGAUCGGUUCCGCCAGUUGCUUCAGAGAGCUGCUCAGAUGGACAAGCUGCUGGAGCACCUUCUGCCAUUCAUGUGCCUAAACGGAGCAAACCCCGAGAAUGCACAGAAUGCACUGCUCAAACCUUUCCUUGGAAAGAAGGAUGAGCUGGAGUCCCUGACGGAUGACAUUCAGUAUUGGUAUGAGAGCCAGGUGAUGAAAAAGAGGCUUUGUGUCGUGUCGUCCGGCCAUCCCUACGAAAGACCAAUGAAUGAGACAGUCUUCAUACCACAAGCGACGGGGCUAGCAGUCAUCUUCGCCUCUGCGAGCGGCACCUUGAACAACCAGAGCUCUCUGACGAUUGAGCCGACUGCGGUCAAGGACGGUGCGGUUGCUUUUUUCGCACCUCCAAAAGCACCUCUUUUGGGAACCCCGUAUAGUACCUCCUAUCCACCUCUACCACCUCUACCCGCACCCGCUGUGCCCGCUGCACUGGGUGCGCCCACCUUUGUUCCAUCCCCGACUGCACCCGGGCCGCCCGGGCAGUCCAGGCCUUCCAGGCCUCCGAAAGCCAGCAAGGAUGCGCGCACGUUUGCUGGUUCACCUGGUUCCGAUGCCUGGACUGCAUGCGACUUUCCAGGAGCGAACGUGCUGGACUUCUCUUUCCGAACCGAUGCGGCAGGCUCGGCCAAGGAGCGCCGCGGUUUCAGCGCCGCGGUUGUGCCGCUGGAAGAGAUUCAAGAUGCUGAGCGGAAGGCUUUGAGCCAGGAGCUUUCAUCCAACAUGGCCAUGAUCAUGGAGAUGUUGAAGACCCUGGAGGACAACAGGAAGAAGCAGGCUAUGCUGCUAGAUGUCCUGCUGUCCUUCAUGAAGACCUGCGCUGCCUUCGGUGAGAACCAGCGGGCUGCGGAGUUCCUGCACGUGGUGUUGAGGGCUCUGGCGCGCUCGCCGUGGAUGCGUCUGGGUUCCAUGGAAAGGGUUCUUGGCCUCCCUUUUCAGUCGCUCGUGGCCCUGGUGCAGAAGGCAGGCCAGGACGGCCAGGAUUCGGAGCAGAAAGUCUUCCAGGCAUGGUUGGAGGAAAUUCAAGCGACUGUGGCCGCCUACAUCCGGAGACAGGAGUCAGAGGAUUACUGGGCCAAAACGGACGCGUUCUAUCAGAGCACGGACGAAUAUGCGAUGUCUUUGGCACUGCCGAUCCUGGCAGAGGCCGGCCCUUGUUUGGAAGCCGUGCGCUUGCAGCUCUUGCAGGCAUACUGCGCAAGUCUGACGAAACUGCAGCAGCAGCUGAUGACGGACAUGGAGAAGCAGGCGCUGAUCCAAGCCUGCAUGCGAUAUCAUGCGUGCAAGGAGUUGUCCUUGCUGGUUGAAAGCAAAGCGCUUCCGCUAGGAGUACAGCUUCUCCAGAGCUGCCACCCAUACGAUGUCCGGGCUCAUGGCUUUGAGGCCAAGGUCCACGUGGAAGGAGCUUCUGAGCUGGCGGUGGCCUUUGCUUCCUUGGGUUCCUGUGACAUGGGUCGAGCUUUGCCGGGCGCGGCCAUCUCGGUGCAAGGGCCGCAAGGGACAGUCCAAGGGACCAUCCAAGGAGUCCAAGGCGAUGGCCGCGAUAUGCAAAGAGUACCUGGAGCGGAUGCGACGGUCAGUUUCACCACCGCUCCUCAGAGUUUCUAUGUUGGAGCGAGUCUACCGACGGAUCAGAAUGCGCGGUGGGGCUUCCUUGCCUUAAUUGGAGACAGUGGCAAGGUCAGCUUCGACAAGCUGGCCGAGGAAGCCCGGAAGAUUGCAAAUUCGCCAGUGAUGGACAUGCUGUUCAAGGAAGCCUCGGAGUCGGAGAGAGGCGUGUACCAUUCUUGUGGGUGUCUGAAUACGCUCACAUGGAAGAUCACGCAGCACCUGGGAAGCCCCGACACCUUUUCGGAGAGGAACCCGGGCCAGUGUGAGGAGGCAUGCCGAAAGCUCCUGGAGACGGUGUCUUCGCUGUCUUGUCUGGAUGAUCAGUUCUAUAGAGACUGUGAUAAAUGGUUUCAGCCAUGGAUAGACAAGCACCCAAGAUUGGCAGAAUUUGCAAAGCAACUGCCGGAAAGCGUGAGAAGAAAGAACUGUAAAGAAAGCAUGUUCUUUUGUGUGAAUGAUUCGGGUGCAGCAGUCAAUCAUUCUCACCACUUGAGCGAUCGAUUCUUCUUCUGUGGACAGGAGAUCAGUAAGGGACGUUGCUCCUCGGACAUGCAGUGCAGCUCGUGUGCACGCUUCCAAGCAAGUACACUGGCUGCUUACAUGAAGCAUGUACAGGAUUAG